AUGGAUUUCGACGGCGACGGCGACGGCGAUUUCGAUCGCGUGCCUCCGGCAUUUGAUCGUGCGAAAAAUGCGGCACCGGACCUUGAAUCCCAAGGACUCAACCCGGGGUUGAUCGUCUUGCUUCUUGUCGGUGGACUACUCCUGUUGUUCCUUGUUGGGAAUUACGUGUUGUACGUUUAUGCCCAAAAGACUCUUCCCCCGAAGAAAAAGAAGCCCGUCUCAAAGAAGAAGAUGAAGAGAGAGAGGCUUAAGCAAGGUGUAUCUGCACCGGGAGAAUAG